AGGCGCCGGGGGCGCGCGCGCGCGCGCUGGGCGCUGCUGGGCUGCGGCGGCGGCGGCGGCGGCGGCGGCGGCGGCGGCGGCGGCGGUUACUAUGGCGGAGUCGGCCGGAGCCUCCUCCUUCUUCCCCCUUGUUGUUCUCCUGCUUGCCGGCAGCGGCGGGUCCGGGCCCCGGGGGAUCCAGGCUCUGCUCUGUGCGUGCACCAGCUGCUCACAGGCCAACUACACGUGUGAGACGGAUGGGGCCUGCAUGGUUUCCAUCUUCAACCUGGACGGGGUGGAGCACCACGUGCGCACCUGCAUCCCCAAAGUGGAGCUGGUCCCCGCUGGGAAGCCCUUCUACUGCCUGAGCUCCGAGGAUCUGCGCAACACGCACUGCUGCUACACUGACUUCUGCAACAAGAUCGACCUGAGGGUGCCCAGCGGUCACCUCAAGGAGCCUGAGCACCCGUCCAUGUGGGGCCCUGUGGAGCUGGUGGGCAUUAUUGCCGGCCCAGUGUUCCUCCUGUUUCUCAUCAUCAUCAUUGUUUUCCUUGUCAUUAACUAUCAUCAGCGCGUCUAUCACAACCGCCAGAGGCUGGACAUGGAGGACCCCUCGUGUGAGAUGUGUCUCUCCAAGGACAAGACGCUCCAGGAUCUCGUCUACGACCUCUCCACGUCGGGGUCUGGCUCAGGGUUACCCCUUUUUGUCCAGCGCACAGUGGCCCGAACCAUCGUUUUACAGGAGAUUAUUGGCAAGGGCCGGUUCGGAGAAGUGUGGCGCGGCCGCUGGAGGGGUGGUGAUGUGGCUGUGAAAAUAUUCUCUUCUCGCGAAGAGCGGUCUUGGUUCCGGGAAGCAGAGAUAUACCAGACAGUCAUGCUGCGCCAUGAAAACAUCCUUGGGUUUAUUGCUGCUGACAAUAAAGAUAACGGCACCUGGACACAGCUGUGGCUUGUCUCGGACUAUCAUGAGCACGGCUCCCUGUUUGACUAUCUAAACCGGUACACGGUGACCAUCGAGGGGAUGAUUAAGCUGGCCUUGUCUGCUGCGAGCGGUCUGGCGCACCUGCACAUGGAGAUUGUGGGCACCCAAGGGAAGCCUGGAAUUGCUCAUCGAGACUUGAAGUCAAAGAACAUCUUGGUGAAGAAAAAUGGCAUGUGUGCCAUCGCAGACCUGGGCCUGGCUGUCCGUCACGAUGCAGUCACGGACACCAUUGACAUUGCCCCCAACCAGAGGGUGGGAACCAAACGAUACAUGGCCCCCGAAGUACUUGAUGAAACCAUCAACAUGAAGCACUUCGACUCCUUUAAGUGUGCUGAUAUCUAUGCCCUUGGGCUCGUGUACUGGGAGAUUGCUCGAAGAUGCAACUCUGGAGGCGCUGCGGGUGAUGGGGAAGAUGAUGCGGGAGUGCUGGUACGCCAACGGCGCAGCCCGCCUGACCGCGCUGCGCAUCAAGAAGACCCUCUCCCAGCUCAGCGUGCAGGAGGACGUGAAGAUCUAGCUGCCCCUCCCCACACGCUGCCGGGCAGCGGGACCUACAGCCGAGCUGCCGUGUUGAGCGUCCGAUGGAGGCCUACCUCUCGUUUCUGCCCAGCCCUCUGUGGCCAGGAGCCUGGCCCGCAAGAGGGACAGAGCCCGGGAGACUCGCUCACUCCCACAUUGGGUUUGAGACACAGACACCUUUUAUAUUUACCUCCUAGUGGCACGGAGCCUCUGAGAGCAAAUGGUGUGGAGAACUCAGUGCCACAGCCUGGACCGGCUGUAGCGGGAAGUUCUGCAAAGCCCGGUGCACCUGGCAAGAAGCCUGGCCUGGUGACGGGCGGCCUGGGAGGGCCUGGGAGGAGCGAGCGUGGCCCCUGCUGAGCGGCACCGAGGGCUUUCCUCUGGGACCAACCGCAGCGCAGCGAGGCAGCCCGGGGAACCAGAAGGAUGGCCCCUCUCGGCAGCGCCGGGCCUCGUGCUCCCCUCCGCCCCAUCGGGACAGCUGGAGGGACUGCCAGUGCCCGUCUGUCCAGCCGUGUAUGCAUGUGCCGAGGUGCGUCCCCUGUUGUGCCUGGUCUGUGCCACGCCCUUACACGUGUGUGUGUGUGUGUGUGCGUGUGUGUGUGUGUCUGUAGGUGCGCACUUACCUGCUUGAGCUUUCUGUGCAUGUGCAGGUCAGGGGUGUGGUCGUCAUGCCGGCUCUGCGUGCUGGGGCCUCUGUUCAGUAGUGAGCAGCGUCUGGUUUCCCUGGGGCCCCUCCCGGAGGUCUCCCUCCCCUCCCUUCCAGAAGCCCCACUCCACGGUGGGUCUCCCUCCCCUGUGUCACCUGGCCCUCCUUCUCCAUUUCAGACUGUGGAACCAAAGCUGGCCCGGUUGUCUGUGGCAGGCAAGGCUUUUGGGUCCAAAUGUGAGGGAGGCGGGGUGGGAUGGGCAGGGGGAGAAUCUUGGUGGAAGUCUGGGGUGUUGUGGUCAGCGGCCACCGUGGGAAAUGAGCCAGCCUAAGGGCAUCGUCCUCGGCAGCGUCAAGGAAGGGCCAAGGAAUUUGAAGCCCAGAUCUUGGGACUCAGAUCGGAAUGUCACAUCUGUCUUUCAUAUCCCAGAUUCUGGAAACAGCAGUGUAUAUUUUUGGUGGUAGUGGAUUU